UUGUUUCCAGUGCUAUGUGGUCCAAACAGAACUCUGGCACAACAUCGAAGGCUCCUGGAAAACGACGAGUUCUCGAAUUUGGCCAGAGAACUACCGUUGGCUAGAGCUAUAACUGGGCAACACAUCGACAAAACGACGAUGAUUCGGUUGGCUCUUUCAUAUAUCAAGCUGCAUAAAGUGAUUCCCAGUGUGACUCCUAGCAUUUUUGAUUACGAUCACUACUGGGCAAGUAAUCUGCUUGAGGUGCGUCUUCGUCGAAUUAAUCAAACCUGGCUUCACAGUUCCUUUUCUAUUUUGCAGUUGAUGGAUUGCUUUUUGAUGGUUUUGGAUCCAGAAGGUGAUGUGCUUUACGUUAGCGAAACCAUCAGCAUCUACCUCGGACUGUCGCAGAAUAUCUGUUCUGAACUUCCCCGUUCCUCUAGUGGGGAAUGGUGCCACAUUGUAUUCCAGGUCGACAUGACCGGCAACUCAAUUGCUGAGUAUAUCCAUCCCGAAGAUUGGUCACAAUUUCAUUUGUGUCCAUGGAAAAUCGGGAACGACUUAUUGCCCUUGAAGGUGUUCUGCUCGUCUUGUAUGUGGUCGGAUAUGUGCAGUGUUCGGGUGAAAUCUUCUCUGACAAAACGAGCGAACAAGAAAGAUUCUCUGCGGGCGUCACCAGGUUUCAAAGUGAGUUUUCCUUUUUCUCUUACAGCAGCUAAGAGUUGGUUCCAUUUAUUGCCCUCUCAGAUGUUUUUAUGCCAGGAUUCAUGUGUUCAGGUGCUCCGAAUGGACAUGACCUUCUACGGAGGAUGCCGACUGAUAGUCUGCUCUCCUCUUCCCUCACCAAUUUUAUCUUCGGUUUCAAUCCGACCAACAUCCUUUGUCAUAACGACAGCAAUCGACCUCUCAAUCAUCUACGUGGAUAGCAGGUCGAACUUAGAUGUUGCCUAUCAAUUGAAUACUUGUCGUAGUACUAUAGCGGAAGAGAUUUUCGGGGAGCAUCAGAGAUGUACUGCAUCGGGUCUGAAGGGUGUCUCAUUUUAUUCGAUCGUUCACGUGGAAGAUGCUGAAAUUGUCCGCAGAAUGCACAUCGAAGAAUUCGAAGCGAAAAAUGUGAAAUUCCUUAUUGAUGCCGUCAAAUCCGUCUCGCAGAAGAAGUAA